AUGGAAGUUGAGAAACAAGUCACAGCUGUUGUAGUGAUGGAGCAAAAACCGCAGAAAGAGGGUGACACUUCAACACUUGGUAGAUAUGUAGGGUCAUCAACUAUACCUACUUCCACUCGUCCUCCAUACGAUUAUACGAAGUAUUUUACAAUGGAGACGGUUUUUCCAUCCGAUGAAGCAUUGGUAAAUUGGAUAAGAUGCACUAGUAAACAACACGGGUUUAUCUUUAUGAUUAAGGGUUUUGAGAAAUGUAUUAAGAAUCGCACACCUUGGAUGAUGUUUUCAUGUGAAAUGAGCGGUAAGUAUAGGCCAUUUGUGAAGAAGGUUGAUGGGAAGGAGGUAGCUGUGAAGAAGAGAGUGCAGUCCAUGGGCACCAAAAAAUGUGAAUAUCCAUUUGAAUUGAAAGCUGUAAAGAAUGAUGGUUGGACUAUCUAUAUCCACAAUGGCACUCACAACCAUCCUCCAGUGGUGUACUCGGAGGGUCAUUCGUAUGCCGGGAGGUUGUCAGCAGAGCAGACUAGCACGGUGGUUGAUUUGUCAGUUGCUUUGGUGAAACCCAGAGAAAUCCUAACCCAUUUGAAGGUUCAAGAUCUUGAGAACGUAACGUCUAUCAAAACCGUAUACAAUGGACGACAAAAGUACUGA